AUGAAGAUGUUGGUGGUGUUUGUGAUCCUCCUGCACGUUUCCCAGCAUGCCCUGGCUGUGCUGGUGGAGGUGAAUGAGGGGGAAGAGUCUGUCCUGCUGCCCUGUCUGUACUCAGGUUUUAUACCUGAGGAUGACCCCACAGUGAUGUGGACUCGCAGUGAUCUCGAUCCCAAAUCUGUCCACCUGCUCCGAGAAGGAGGAGAUGAUCUUAGAGGACAAAACCAGCGUUACAGCGGACGCACAUCAGUGAGGUCUGAUGCUCUGGACUCUGGAGACUUCAGCCUCACUCUGAGGAACCCACAGCUGACUGACAGCAGCAGCUACACCUGCUCCAUCACUGAUAGAAGAGGAGAACAGAGACUGAGAGACAUCCAGCUGCAGGUCAAAGACCAGCAGGUGGAGGUGAAGGUGGAGGAAGGCUCAGAGUCUGUCAUCCUGCCCUGCAAAACAACACCUGACCUGCCCGAGGACACCAGGGUGCAGUGGACUCGCUCUGACCGAGAACUCAUGAUGGUCCAUCUGUAUUCAAACAGAAGUGACCACCUUAACAAACAGGAUGGUCUUUACAGAGACCGAACAAAGAUGAAUGAAGACCUGCUGAGAACUGGAGACCUCAGUCUGACCCUGAAACAGCCCACAGAGAGAGACACAGGAGGAUACAUCUGCACCAUCUACAGGGACAAAGACAUCCUGAGACAGAAAGUGGUGCUGCGGGUCAAAGGUCAGCAACCAUUUCCAUCCUGGGCCACAGCUCUCCUGGUUCUCCUGGUUCUUCUUGUGGUUUCUGGAGGUCUUUUAUUUCAUUUUCGGCACUAUUUCAUUCCAAGUACUGUGGAGGUGGAUUCAGGGGUGGAGUCUGUCUUGCUGCCCUUCAAAACCACAGUUCGCCUGCCUAAAGAUGCUACAGUGGAGUGGGAGGAUGGUGAUAAUGAUCGGGCCCAUGUGUAUCAGAACGGCUCUGACCAGCCUGAAGAACAGAGCCAGUUUUACAGAGACCGAACAAAGAUGAAUGAAGACCUGCUGAGAACUGGAGACCUCAGUCUGACCCUGAAAUACCCCACAGAUGGAGACAACUUCACCUACAUCUGCACUGUCUACAACAGGGAGGGAGACAUCCUGCUGGGGAAACAAGUGAGGCUGAUAGUCAAAGAUGUGAUUGGUCAGCAGGCAUCUAAACUUAAAUCUGCUCUGAAGAAGAAGUUCCAGAGUCUGUUUGAGGGCAUCGCUAAAGCAGGAAACCCAACCCUCCUGAAUCAGAUCUACACAGAGCUCUACAUCACAGAGGGAGGGGCUGCAGAGGUCAAUGAUGAACAUGAGGUCAGACAGAUUGAAACAGCAUCCAGGAAACCAGACAGACCAGAAACAACAAUCAGACAAGAAGACAUCUUUAAAGGCUCACCUGGAAGAGAUGAACCAAUCAGAACAGUGCUGACAAAGGGAGUGGCUGGCAUUGGGAAAACAGUCUUAACACAGAAAUACACCCUCGACUGGGCUGAAGACAAAGCCAACCAGGACAUCGAUCUCACGUUUCCAUUCACUUUCAGAGAGCUGAAUGUGCUGAAAGAGGAAAAGUUCAGCUUGGUGGAACUUGUUCAUCACUUCUUCACUGAAACCAAAGAAGCAGGAAUCUGCAGCUUUGAAGACUUCCAGGUUGUGUUCAUCUUUGAUGGUCUGGAUGAGUGUCGACUUCCUCUGGACUUCCACAAAACUACAAUCCUGACUGACCCUAGAAAGUCCACCUCUGUGGAUGUGCUGCUGACAAACCUCAUUAGAGGUUACCUGCUUCCCUCUGCUCACCUCUGGAUAACCACACGACCUGCAGCAGCCAAUCAGAUUCCUCAGGACUGUGUUGACAUGGUGACAGAGGUCAGAGGGUUCACUGACCCUCAGAAGGAGGAGUACUUCAGGAAGAGAUUCAGAGAUGAGGAGAAGACCAGCAGGAUCAUGUCCCACAUCAAGAUAGCAAGAAGCCUCCACAUCAUGUGCCACAUCCCAGUCUUCUGCUGGAUCACUGCUACAGUUCUGGAGGAUGUGCUGAAAACCAGAGAGGGAGGACAGAUGCCCAAGACCCUGACUGAGAUGUACAUCCACUUCCUGGUGGUUCAGGCCAAAGUGAAGAAGAUCAAGUAUGAUGAAGGAAGUGAGACAGAUCCACACUGGAGUCCAGAGACAAGGAAGAUGAUUGAGUCUCUGGGAAAACUGGCUUUUGAUCAGCUGCAGAAAGGAAACCUGAUCUUCUAUGAAUCAGACCUGACAGAGUGUGGCAUCGAUAUCAGAGCAGCCUCAGUGUACUCAGGAGUGUUCACACAGAUCUUUAAAGAGGAGAGAGGGUUGUACCAGGACAAGGUGUUCUGCUUCAUCCAUCUGAGUGUUCAGGAGUUUCUGGCUGCUCUUCAUGUCCAUCUGACCUUCAUCAAGUCAGGAAACAAUCUGCUGGAAGAAAAAAAAUCUAAAUUCUUUACAGUCUUUAAAAUAAAGUUCAAGCCAAAUGUCUUCUACCAAAGAGCUUUGAAGAAAGUCUUACAGAGUCCAAAUGGACACCUGGACUUGUUCCUCCGUUUCCUCAUGGGUCUUUCACUUCAGACCAAUCAGAGUCUCCUACGAGGCCUGCUGACACAAACAGGAAGUAGCUCGAAGAUCCAUCAGAAAACAGUCCAGUACAUCAAGAAGAAGCUCAGAAAGAAUCUUUGUUUAGAGAAAAGCAUCAAUCUGUUACACUGUCUGAAUGAACUGAAUGAUCAUUCUCUAGUGGAGGAGAUCCAACAUUUCCUGCUAUCAGGAAGUCUCUCCACAGAUAAACUGUCUCCUGCUCAGUGGUCAGCUCUGGUCUUCAUCUUACUGUCAUCAGAAGAAGAUCUGGAUGUGUUUGACCUGAAGAAAUACUCUGCUUCAGAGGAGGCUCUGCUGAGGCUGCUGCCAGUGGUCAAAGCCUCCAACAAAGCUCAGUGA